AUGGAAUCACGUGAGAACUUGGACAAGACGGGUGGCACCCGACUUGAUCAAUUGGAAAUGAACCCUACAGGUCCCAAGAAGCAGUUAAAAGACUUGGACGACCUGUUCCCAUACAUCGGCGACUUUGGCUGGUACCAGCGAUUGCUGUUCCUUCUCAUGAUACCCUACUCCUUCUUCUUCGCCUUUGUAUAUUUUUCGCAAAUCUUCAUGACAGUAGUGCCUGAACAGCAUUGGUGUCAAGUGCCGGAGCUAGCAAAUCUUACCGCUGAAUUACGUCGCCACCUGGCAAUACCUCAGAAGGAAGGACAGUAUGAAAAGUGCAUAGUUUAUGACGUCGAUUGGAACAAUGUACUCACAAGUGGUGAUUUGGAGCCGAAGGUUACAUGGCCAACAAAGAAGUGUGAUGGCUGGGAGUUUAACUUUACUGAUGCACCGUAUGAGACCAUAGCCACGCAGCUCGGCUGGGUUUGCGAACGAGAUAACUACCCUGCAACAGCUCAAUCUAUCUUUUUCUGUGGAGCAAUUUUUGGAGGUCUGAUAUUCGGAUGGAUAGCAGAUAAAUAUGGCAGGGUGCCUGCUAUUCUCGGCACCAACAUGACAGGGUUCGUAGCUGGAGUAGCUACGGCAUUCACCAACAGCUUCUGGUCGUUUUGUUUGUGCCGAUUUCUAGUCGGGCUCGCGUACGACAAUUGUUUCAUGGUUAUGUACAUUGUUGUGGUAGAGUACGUAGGACCAAAAUGGCGAACAUUCGUUGCGAACAUGUCAAUAGCUGUAUAUUUUACAUUUGCGGCUUGUAUCUUACCUUGGAUCGCGCUGGCAGCUGCCGACUGGAAAAUUUACACCUUAAUAACCAGUAUACCAUUGGGACUAUCUAUAUUGACGCCAUUUAUUGUACCAGAGAGUGCAAGAUGGUUAAUUUCACAAGGCCGAAUCGAUGAAGCGCUGACUAUAAUUCAAAAAUGUGAGCGAAUUAACAAGAGGAAAAUACCAGAUGCAGUAAUUAAAGAAUUCAGGGACACAGCAAAGGAAAUAGCAAAGGCUGAAGAGGAAUUCAAGAACUACUCCUUCCUGGAUCUCUUUAAGAGCCCACGUCUUCGAAGACAGAGUAUCCUUCUGGUCGUGAUUUGGAUGUCCAUCACCAUGGUCUUUGAUGGUCACGUCAGGAAUGUCGGCUCUUUGGGCCUGGAUAUGUUUCUCACCUUCACCAUUGCGACUGCUACUGAAUUUCCUGCUGAUAUUCUGCUCAUUUUAACAUUGGAUGUUGUUGGUCGUCGUUGGCUGGCGUUCGGGUCCAUGGUACUCAGUGGAGUUUUCAGUUUUCUUGCAACUAUAGUACCGUUUGGUAUACCUUCAGCGUCAUUGGCUAUAGUGGGUCGUUUUGCAGUCAACAUUUCCUUUAACAUCGGCCUGCAAUAUGCCGCUGAGUUGUUGCCAACAGUAGUACGAGCGCAGGGACUGGCAUUGAUACAUAUAACUGGAUAUGUCGCUAAUAUAUUGGUGCCAUACAUCGUGUAUUUGGCUACAAUAGCAAUAGAAAUUCCACUGCUAAUUCUGGGAACAAUCGGUAUAUUCGGCGGUUGUCUCUGCCUCGCUCUGCCCGAGUCUAUGGGUAAAGCAAUGCCUCAAACUAUACAAGAUGGAGAAGAAUAUGGAAAAGAUCAAAAGUUUUGGGACUUUCCCUGCAUAAAGAGAAAAGUUCACGAUUCAACUCAAUCGAAGAUUUAA